AUGCGAUGGAGGUAUUUGAGGCAUAUAGUCAGGAAAUAUUCAAAAGACAACAACAGAUUUCAUGUCGGAAUCGUAGGCGCUGGUCCCGCAGGAUUUUACUGUGCACAACAGUUGCUAAAAGUAAUCGAAAAACCCCUCUUAAUAUUAAAACAAUUCUGAAACUAUCUUAUUAUAUUUACAGACUAUUCCUGGUUGUCAAAUCGAUAUUUAUGAAAAGCUACCUGUUCCGUUUGGUCUAGUACGUUAUGGUGUUGCCCCUGAUCAUCCAGAAGUGAAGAAUGUCAUUAAUACGUUCUCUAAAACCGCAUCAAACGAACAUGUUCGAUUUAUAGGCAAUGUUACGCUCGGUCGUCACAUAACACUGGCUCAACUAAAACAUUCAUAUCAUGCUGUCGUACUAGUAUGUUAUUAAUAGAGUUACGAUAUUGAUGACCUAAAAGACUAUACAAAAUGCAAAAAUUCCCCAAAAAAUGACCAAACAAAUCUACUUAAAUAAGUGAAAAUCAUUAAAUUAAAAAUAAUAAUCAUUAGUAAUACAUAUAGUAUUGGUUUGAUAAUGGAGUCUGAAUAAUUUUAAACAUGAAUUGUAAAAUUAAUAGACAAUAGCUAAUAGAUGUUUAAAUUUUAACUCUUUGUAACGUUACAAAUGUUCUUUUUCAUGUCUCAAAUUACACCCUUAAUACAGACUUAAAAAUAAAUACUGUACAAACGAUUCCGAGCGCGAUUAGAAAAUCAUCCAAAUCCCAAUAUCAGCAGUAAAUUUUAACGCCGUUCAUGGUAAUCUUCCUCCUUGGCUUAAGAGAAGAUGGUUUAAACCAUGAUUAAAUACUAAACAAAUUCCUAUGUAAAGUGUUGCUAUUGGGUGGCUACUUUUCUCAUGAUUCUCAUGUCAAUAACUAAUAUAUUUUCGCAUACAUACUUAUUGUAAUAAUUAAAUUACAGAUUGUUUGUUUUAAAAUCAAGUUAAAAUAAAAACAAAAAUUUUGUUAUUUUGCAUACCUACCUUCCGUUACACUGUACAAUUAAAAUGUGUUUGAUGUUUUCAAACUAAAGACAUCUGUCAGUUAAAACAUUUUUAUAUGGUUAACCAUAUAAAAUCGCAAUAAAAAUAUCCCAAUAAUAAUAAAAUUAUUUUUUUGAAGUUUUCUUUAAAAUCUAAAAUUUGAGAAAAAUGCCCUACAUUGUACAAAAAUAUUAAAUUAUAUGAAAAAAAAAGGAAAAUAAAAUUGGUAUGUUUUGAAUCAAGGGGAAGCAUGAAAUUAAUUUUUAGCUAAAAUGGCAUUUUAUAGGAUCAAGGCAAAAAAAUGCAUAAUUCAUCAACAUCCUAUCUCUAGUUAUUAUAACACCUAUAAUUAUGUUGGAAAAUACAUUUUUAGAAUUAUUAAUUGUUUGGUUUUUGUUCAGGCUUAUGGAGCCGAAGAAGAUCGAAAAUUAAAUAUCAAUGGUGAAUGUUUGACCAACGUUGUAUCAGCUACAAAGUUUAUUGGCUGGUACAAUGGUCAGCCACAAAACAAGAAUAUCAAAGUAGAUUUGAAUGCCGAGCACGCUGUUAUCAUUGGACAGGGAAAUGUAGCUUUAGAUGUAGCCCGAAUAUUGUUAACCCCAGUUGAUAUACUUAGAGUCGGUACAGUCGAUCAGUUUUACUUAAUCAGCAUUUGACAAUAAUAAAAACCAAAUAACGUUUGUUUUUAGAAAACUGAUAUCACAGAGUAUAGUUUGGAAGCAUUGGCAAAAAGCAAAGUUAAAAAAGUCACUCUUGUGGGUCGCCGAGGCCCUUUACAAGUAGCAUUUACCAUUAAAGAAUUUAGAGAAAUGUUAAAACUACCAGCAGUGAGCACUAACUUCUAUGAGGGCCAAAUGAACACUAUUGAAAAUGUCAUUGGUGGUAAAAAAAAAUAGUUUUUUUUUUUUUUUUGUACAAUAUUUAUUAUCACAAUAACAACAAUAUUAUUAUAGAUUUACCCAGACCGCGUAAACGAUUAAUGCAGCUCAUGUAUGAUGCAUCCCAAAAACUCGAAUCUCGAGGAGAUAAAUCGUUCGAUAUUUUGUUUUAUCGAACACCUAUCUCGCUAUUGGGCUCAGACAAAAUAGAGGGAAUCGAAUUGGCUAUAAAUCGUUUAGAAGGUGCGGAUUAUUGUAAUAAUUGUUGUAGUAUUUUAGUAAUUAUAUUAAGUUAUUAAUAUUAUGAUUUCAUUUCAUUUUAAAUAUCAUUGCUCAUAGGAGAUAAGGCAGUAAUCACAAACGAAAAGUAUACAUUAAAAUGUGAUUUGGCCUUUCGCAGCAUAGGUUAUCGGAGUAUCCAAGCGGAUCCCGAUAUACCUUUUAAUAGAGCGUCUUCAAUAGUACCCCAAAGUACGGGUAGGUACAGUUUUUAUAAUUUAAAUCAUUAUUAAGUAUUAACAUUAUAAUCAACAAUUUACUUUUAUAGGAAUUUAUAGUGUUGGCUGGUUAUCGUCUGGACCUAUUGGAGUGAUAGUGUCUACUAUGAGUAAUGCUUUUCAGACGGCUUCCCUGAUUGGCAAAGAUUUUGAAAAAGGUUUGUUAAGCGAUAACCCAAAACCUGGCUAUAGCUAUAUUUCAAAAAUAUUGAAAGAUAAAGGUAAAUUUUUAUUUAAUAUUUUGGUUCUAUUGGACAAAAAAAAAUAUUAUCAAAUUUUAUUUUAGAUAGAAUUACGAUCGAUUGGAAUGGAUGGACAAAAAUAGAUCGAGUUGAAAUUGAAAGAGGAAUGAAACGCGGUAAACCCAGAGAAAAAAUUGUUAAUGUUGAUGAAAUGUUAAAAAUUGGAGGAACAUAA